GUUUGGCUGUGGCGGCAAAUGGGCUUGGGCGGCUCCUCGGCGGGUGGCGGUGGUGGCCGUAGCGGUUCCUCCUGGCCCUGUUAAUGUCGGGGCCAGGCCCGGGGAGGAUGGCGCCCUAGAGCCCGGCCUCGCUGGGGUAGGGGCGGGAGGGGACGGGGUGGGCACCGGCCAUGUCGGAGGUGACCCGGAGUCUGCUGCAGCGCUGGGGCGCCAGUUUUAGGAGAGGCGCCGACUUCGACUCUUGGGGCCAGCUGGUGGAGGCGAUAGACGAGUAUCAGAUAUUAGCAAGACAUCUACAAAAAGAGGCCCAAGCUCAACACAAUAAUUCUGAAUUCACAGAAGAACAAAAGAAAACCAUAGGCAAAAUUGCAACAUGCUUGGAAUUACGAAGUGCAGCUUUACAGUCCACACAGUCUCAAGAAGAAUUUAAACUGGAGGACCUGAAGAAGCUAGAACCAAUCCUAAAGAAUAUUCUUACCUAUAAUAAAGAAUUUCCAUUUGACGUUCAGCCUGUCCCCUUAAGAAGAAUUUUAGCACCUGGUGAAGAAGAGAAUCUGGAAUUUGAAGAUGAAGAAGAAGAGGGCGGUGCUGGAGCAGGGUCCCCAGACUCCUUUCCUGCUCGAGUGCCCGGUACUUUAUUGCCAAGGCUGCCGUCAGAACCGGGAAUGACGUUACUCACUAUCAGAAUUGAGAAAAUCGGUCUGAAGGAUGCGGGGCAGUGCAUCGACCCCUAUAUUACAGUUAGUGUAAAGGAUCUGAAUGGCAUAGAUUUAACUCCUGUGCAAGAUACUCCUGUGGCUUCAAGAAAAGAAGAUACGUAUGUUCAUUUUAAUGUGGACAUUGAGCUCCAGAAGCAUGUUGAAAAAUUAACCAAAGGUGCAGCUAUCUUCUUUGAAUUCAAACACUACAAGCCUAAAAAAAGGUUCACCAGCACCAAGUGCUUUGCUUUCAUGGAGAUGGAUGAAAUUAAAGCGGGGCCGAUUGUAAUAGAACUAUACAAGAAACCCACUGACUUUAAAAGAAAGAAAUUGCAGUUAUUGACCAAGAAACCACUUUAUCUUCACCUACAUCAGACUUUGCACAAGGAAUGAUCCUGACAUGGGUGACCUGGAACGUCUGUGAAUCCUACCACUCAGUAGAGACCAUCCUAGCUCGUGUAGCACAGCCCCCUCCGCCAGGCAGGAAGCAGGCCGCGCCCACGCCGGGAGGCCACAGCGAGUCCGCAGCAUUCACAGUCCGCACGCCGCUGACACGGACGACCCCUUUGGAUACAGGCUUGUUGUAGUUUUGAAACCUGUUUUUACUUUUCUAGUGUUUGUGCAAUUCGUAGUCUCUCUUCUAACUUACCGCUGUUCCUGCCCUGCUUCCUGGAACAACACUGCUGUCGUAGGAUGUGCUCACCUUCGAAACUAAUACAGCAAUAAGAUUGUGCUAGAAUGUACACGUCGGUUCACUUCUGCUCCAGUAUGCUUUUUUGGUUUUUUGAGUUAACGCCAGACUUUGGGCUGAUGUGGGUGGGAUGGUGUGAAACUUUCCCGAGAGGAACUGGACCAGAUUUUGCUGCCCAGGGAGGUCAGUCUGGAAUUGUAUAGGCGGCUCCUCAGACGUGGCCUGAAUUCACCCCGAUCUCUAGUUCUCCUGUUUAGAAAUCGUGUGCCUUGGCCGGAUCGGUGUCCCCUGUGGGAGCGUUCCAGAUGACCGGAUCGCUUUCGAGAGCGCGGAUUUGUGGUCCAGUCGACGGGCGGGUCCGCUACGUCACACACACCGCUGUCCUGAGGGCGACUCCAGCGUUAACGGUGGAACCGUCUCAGAACAACUGCAGGUGUCUGGACGGCUCCGUAACGUCUUCUGAGUCGUGUUAACCCGAGUCCGACGCUGACGAGACACUGCAGGAAUAACUGCUGUUUUUCUGACAACUGAUUGUGAAACCUUAAAGCCUGCACCCCUCUUCUUCAAGUGGGGAGCGUGCAAAACCUGGAGCUCCUCUGUGGUUUCUUUACGUAGGUAGAUAGGAUCGCCAUUUAUUUCCUAGAUCUACUGACUUUCAUCCCUAGGGAAAUACGCAGGUCAUGAGCUUACUAUAAUUUGACUAUUUACAUUACUUUUGACUUAAUGGGGCGUAAAUAAAACUUCCAGAGUACACCCGAGGUAGAUAUUUGAUACACGGGACAGGAAGGUUUGGGGUGGGCUUUCCGUGGGUCAGACGUAGAACCCACAUAUUUAAUACUAUUUUAAGUGCCCAGUGCUAGCAUGAGGGGAAUGCAGCGCCAGUCCUUGGCCUGUUUUUCAACUAGCCGAAGAACCCUAGGCGUCCCUUCGGCGUUUGCUUUUUAAAAUAAGUAGCCACAAUGAAGUGUUCUAGCCCUUGAGCGCUUCUCGAGAGCUGGUCUUUGCCUUCCGUUGUCUGUCAGUUCUGUUCCAAGAGGGGGGUUAUAAACUGUGAGCCUGGAGGAAUUCCCAGCCAAAUUAAUCCUUUCUCUCGUUUUGAUUAGACUAAUCCCAAGAUGAUUCAGUCCACGAUAGCUCGAGGGGAAGAAUUUGCCUUAAUAAAUUACCUUGCUGUUCACUCCACCCUCAGAGCGGGAGCUGUCGGCCCCCAGACCGUCAGCUCCUCAAGGGGCAAGAACCACAUUUUCUCCAAGUCGUGUAAACGUCCUGAGGUGCUUGACGGCACGCUGUAGCCUGGAGAGCACGCAGUCCCUUCUGUUCGAUGUUGCUGACGAGACCGAGAAAAUAAUCCCGUGAAGUACCUACUAUUAAAAUGUAGCAAAACUGA